AUGUCUCUUCUAGACCAGGACAUUCCAUCCGCUGGACAUACUUGUUCACGAUGUAAUACGGUCUUUGGUCAUGGCAUGGCACGUGCUCGCCAUGUCCAUGAAAGAGACAGGGGUCUAUACAAUGAUGGCCCGAGGAAAGUAUCGGUUUUCAUAAAUCCAUCUAAAAGGCCAUACGUAACGCCAUUUCGUCGAGUCCAAACCCUGAAUCGACUAUUGGAGUAUCUUGGAACCUUGCCACACCCACAAAUUCGAGUCGUUACAGAUGCCAACCGCACAACACCACCGCUUCAAAUCUUCGAGCAGUUGUUAUUUUCGGGGCAAUGGCAGCUAGUCGACAGUUCGGGUUGCAUAAUCCGGCCAGAUGACUAUGAGGACCUUAUACACGAUGGCAUGGAAAUUACGAUUGACACUGUACCAGAGGGGCAACAGGAUGAGCCUACCUCCUUGCUACAACCUUUAGGUGUGAGUGGCGGGAAAUCGACUCGUAGUGGCAGGCCGCAGUUUGGCCGCGAUGAAGUUGCUGGUGACUUGUUAGACAUGCAAAUCAACGAACCGAUAGCUCGUCAGCGUCUGAAUUUCGAAACCAAACAGCAUUCAUAUACUCAAUCUCAAGCACCAGUUACGCAGUUCAAUGCGGCUAGUUCUUUCAGUUCUAUUUUUGGGGGGACUGCGGCCGUGGAUGAACUCGAAGGGGAAGAGAUUGUGAAUCCACAUAUACUUGCACCUACUUCGCACAAUUUGCCAUCGAAGCCUGCAUCAUGGUAUGGAGGUUCGAAAACUGGUGCCAUGAGCGCAUCGGCGGCAGAGUUCAAGCCCAGUGGUGACGUCAAACUUUCGACGGCCGCAUCAGAGUUCAAACCGAGUGGUCAGCUUCAGGUACCGACAUCAUCAAGUGAAGAUCCUCAUAUCACAUUACCCCAGGGCCAAGCAAAGAGAUCCAUGGCUAUACCAAUCGUGAAGCCUCCGUCGCCGGCAUUAGAUAUGAUUGCUGCGCCGAAGCCCGAUAUGCCAAUAACCUCAUCCGAUGAUGAAGAAGAUUAUGAUGACUGGGAUGGUAAAGUUGCUGUGAUCACGGAAUCGGAAAAGUCACCGGAUGAGGAGGAGGAGGAGGAGGUUGCCGUCCCCGAUACUACAGAAGAAUGGUCAAGCUAUAAAGACGAAUCAGAUAACCGUAAGGAUGAAUUAUCAAUAGACAUCGCUCAAACGAAAAGCCAGGAGCAUCAACUUUCUCCGCCAAUUGAGGAUAUUGAAAUAGCCUCUGUCUCAGAUACGAUCGUAGGAUCUGGACCGAGAUACGAAGAAUCGCAAAUCUAUAAUAAAGGGAGUCCUCAUGCUAGUGGAAGAAGUACCCCGACGCCAACCGAUGAUGGGAACCAACAUGUGAACAUGAGUUCUCCAUCAGACUCGGUCUCUCUCGAAGACCAGUCUGACAACGAAAGCAAUUUGUUGAAGAGCGAGAUUCUAGAACCUAAGCAUGAGGUGCCCGAGUCAUCCGAUACUACAGUUGCGCAAGAGGAGCAAAAUGCAACAACUGGUGGACAGGCAGAAGAAUCCGGAGAAGAUGACAAAGAAAAAAGCAUACAAGAAGCGGAAGAAAUGAGUGAUGAAUCAGCUCCGGCUAAGGCACAGUCUUCAGCUGAGAUGCUUGCGGUGCUGAUGUCAGGCGUGGAGUUUACACCAGCCGGCGAUACAGAGGCUCAGGGCGUCAGCAAUGACAACAUGUACAGGUGGGAAGAAGCGAAGGAGUUUCUACCAACUGAGGAGCCUGGCCAAAGUGAAAUUCCCAAUCCAACGACAGAAUCUUGGGAUACGACUACUUCGCCAGGGGGAGAUUUCCACGGGACUGGAUGGGGCGAUUGGUCUACAAACCAAACCUCUGCUGUGGAUUAUAACCAGUGGGACAACCGAGGACACGUCCGCAGAGACAGCGAGGGAGAUGCUGAAUGGGGCCCACCAAAACCUAAGGAACCGGAGCACAUCGACCCACCUAAACCAGCAAAAUCGGGAUGGGCUCAGGUAGCUGCAGCUGGCUUGCCGAGUCACCAAAGUCCCACAAACCCUAGCCCAUCCCCUGCCUUCGCGACCUCGCCAAGACCUGCCGAGACGCCCGCUGUGAAGAAACCAACUACUACCCCCAACUCCGCGGGCUCGCCAAUGACAUUCCCUCCAAGACCUGGCUCCUCGAACAAAAAUUCAGGUUCGCAGAUGAAUGGAAAGCAAAAGCGAGCCGCCGUUCCCUGCAAAUACAUGUACUUCGUCCCGCCGCAUAAUUGUUCGAUACCCAAUGCGACCAACAGCAACAAAAUAUCUCUCGUCCAAACAACUGCAAUUAGAAAACUCGCAGUGUUAUAUGCUAAACAUUUUAAGGAAACUCGUUUGGUGUCGCGUUACGAGGGUAACCAGAACCACAUCCUCGAGUUGAGCAUCUCAAGGUCAGAAAACGGACCCGUAACAAAGCAUAAGGUUGACCUGGAAUCUAAGCUUAUUGAGAAUGAUUUCGGUAAUGAGUUUUGGGUUUCCAUUAAUUAUCUGGGCCAAGGAAGCUUAAAAAGGGUCUGA